CGCUGCUAUCAGUAGGCAUGUCGCCAUUAUCAUUUAUUUCCGUACAAUCGCGCUUUUGGUGAAGUAAGUCUUUUGUCCGCAGAAGGGAUCUGUAGCACGUCUCUCGCGAGACGCCGUAGUUCCGACAGCGCAGAUCGUGGUUCAAAUGAUUGCUGUGUAAAUAGCCAAACGUUGCAUUUUGUUGUCUCAGAAAGCGGGUAAAUCACGACAAUGUCGAUUCAAGCCUCAAACCCCAACAACCCGGUUGUGUUCUUCGACAUUACCAUUGGAGGGCAGGAUGUUGGACGGAUGAAGUUUGAGCUCUUUGCUGAUGUGGUUCCAAAGACAGCUGAGAACUUCCGGCAGUUCUGUACUGGAGAGUUCAGGAAAGAUGGCGUUCCUAUUGGCUACAAAGGUUGCACAUUCCACAGGGUGAUCAAAGACUUCAUGAUACAGGGAGGAGACUUUGUAAAUGGUGAUGGAACAGGUAUCUGCAGCAUCUAUAGAGGUCCAUUUGCAGAUGAAAACUUCAGAAUAAAGCAUUCUGCUGCCGGUCUUCUUUCAAUGGCAAACAGUGGUCCAGGAACAAAUGGAUGUCAGUUUUUCAUUACCUGCACUAAAUGUGACUGGCUAGAUGGGAAACAUGUUGUGUUUGGAAAACUGGUUGAUGGCUUGCUGGUCAUGAGAAAAAUUGAGAAUGUCCCAACAGGGCCCAACAACAAGCCUAAACUCCCCAUCGUCAUUGCACAGUGUGGAGAGAUGUGAGCCGACACGUGCUAAACACCAUGCCAACAUUACACAGCCUCUGUAUACUUUUAAUGUCUUAAUUGUGACUUGUUACUCUUCAGAAAACAUUAACACACUGAUUCCUACAAUGACCAGUAGUGGACAUUGAUGUAUUUAUUUGGUUUCAGACUGCAUUUGUUUUAAAUUCAUUGCUUCAUUGCUGUUGUUCUGUCAAGUCCAAAUUAAGACUGUUUGUGUACCUUUUUUCUUUUUUUAAUUGAACAAAGAAUUGGAUGGUGGUCAUACUUUGUAUUAUUUCCAAUCAAUAAAUUUCUGUACAUUUUUAUAAAUGCUGCAGAUUUUUUUUAUAUCAAAUUAUUCAAAACAAUUUCAUUAAGUGUCAAAGGGUGUCAAAUGUUGCAAUACUGACCAUUGGAUAUAGUCUAGAAAGUAGUGAAAGCCAACUAUAAAUAGUCCCUCUAAUAAUAAUUCAAUAAUUCACAUCUGUAAUAAUCAGAUUUACCUGAUGAUUAAACUUUAUCAACUUAAUGUGUGUUUGAGAAACUGUAGCAGUGUCCAAACUUUGAAAGAACAUUGUGUACCCAGAGUAAUCUGAGCUGCUUUGGUAAGUGUUACUAGCUCUGUUUCCUUAUAGUGCCUUUGAUUAAAAAUUUAUCUUAACCUCAAAGUUAUGGAGGAAAUGAGAGGACCACUUUACAGUGAAACACAUCUUCCAUGGCAAGCACUCCAGUGCCAAGCACUCGUCUGCUGAACUUAUGGCUACCUCUUCUAUCUCAGCCAUCUAUACAGAUCUAAGCCUCCACAGACCCCCUCCCCCAUCCAUGCUCUCCCUCCUCGGCCUUGGACAUCGUUCCCUUGGCAUAAAAGAAGCUUUUCAGAUGGAGACGCUGUUCUUAUGGAUUCAGGAAGGAGGCUUUUUUCCCCCCCAUUUUUUUUGAAAGGGGGAUCUCUGUUGGGAAGCUUUCUGGGGUCGUUGCUAAAGCCCAUCUUUGUGUAUGGGACAACGGUGCUCAGACAUUAACAGCAAGCUCUUCACACAUCGGCCAGUGCUCGUAAACAGUGCCAGUGGAGCAUUAACAUGACAAUGGAAGGGGGGGAGGCUGUGGUAGGGUUGUCCUACACUCAGUCUGGGCCCGGCUGCUCUGGAAGUGGGGUUUCUAAAUUCACACAGGAUGAUGACUGGCUUUAACCAGUUAAAAUAGAAAAUUACCUGACUUACUUUGUCAUUAUUUCUGCUAAGAUUUGGUUUAAGGUUAAUAAUUAAAUGAUUUACAGAAACAGCUUAUUUAAACUGUGAUGUAAUUUUUGACAGUCAAAGAUAAUUAUGGUGUGACUAAGGUAAUUAAGAUUGCCAGAAAUGUUAAAUGAUUAUUAUUUUUUUUAAUGCUUAGGUGUAAUAAGUAACAUGGAUUACUUUAUCAGUUACCCCUCUUUUUUUAUAUAUAUAUGCACCUUUUUAUUUUUAAUUUAACUAGCGUGCACAAUGAAACUGAAAAUAGUUUGAACAUUCAGGCAUCGUUUUUCUUCUUAAUGGACCCGUGAUUCUAGAUCUCUUAAGCAGAAUAUUCAGCUGUUGACUUUCCUUUGCCCCCUGUGCGAUUAACACACGAUAAUCCUACUAUUUUGGCCAAGUCUUUUGAAAUAUUUCCAUGCAGUUUUAUGUAUUGCAUAGUGAUAACUACAAUUAUAUUUUAAAUUAUAUGUAUAUUAGCUCCAGGUCCGUCAGCAGAACAUGAUUUUACCAAGUAGACACUGUUCCAAAACUGUCACGGUUAUGUGGUCUGAUUCGUCUGGCUCUGACAUCAUGAAGGGGUGGUGAGAAUGGACAGGUACGGUUUCCUUUACCCAAUCAUUUUACCCAACGCGUUUCUGAAGCGAAAUUGACAGUUGCUCAGGCUAAUUGGAACGCGAGUGUUUCCUGUUACACUUUCCAACCAAUUAGAAUGGCAGUUGGGCGGACCUCCGAGUAGGAACGUUCUCCGGCACCUCAUCUCAUUCUGCCCAGUUCGAUCGGCAACGGGAGCGGAAAGAGGAAAGCAGAGAGCCCGAAGGCAGUAGCCCCCACCACCGCCGGCCCAGGUUACCAUCUAGCACCGGGAACUAUAGCAAAGAGCCGCCGCCGGCUGAAGCCAUUACCAACAAGUAA